CCUCCGAAUGUCGCGUCUCUUUGAAAAUCCCAAUUUUCCCUCCACAUUUUUUAGCUCCGAAAUCAAACCAAAUUCAAAUCGAAACCAAACUCAAAUUUCAACUCCACUAUAUAUCUUUCGUCUUCUUCCACUAUCGCUAUCAAACAAAAACCCUCUUCUCUCCAAAUUUCUCAAUUCCCACUAUAAUUAAAUAUGGCUUCUUCUCAGUCACCAUCCGGCGAGAUCCAUCUCUUCGUGGGUCCCAUGUUCGCCGGCAAAACGACGUCCCUUCUCCGUCGUAUUAAAUCCGAGGUCGAUAACGGCAGGAACGUGGCCAUGUUGAAAUCGAGCAAGGAUGAUAGAUAUGCGGUUGAUUCUGUUGUGACGCAUGAUGGGAUCAAAUUUCCUUGCUGGGCUUUGCCAGAUUUGAUGCUGUUUAAGGAUAAAUUUGGUCACGAGGCUUAUCAGAAGUUGGAUGUGAUUGGUAUAGACGAAGCUCAAUUUUUUGAGGAUCUAUAUGAGUUUUGCUGCAAGGCUGCUGAUGAAGAUGGUAAAAUUGUUGUUGUUGCAGGCCUAGAUGGUGAUUACUUGAGGAGAAGCUUUGGAUCAGUGCUUCACAUAAUACCAAUUGCUGAUACUGUAACUAAGUUAACAGCUCGUUGUGAGCUUUGCGGUAAACGCGCCUUCUUUACUUUGAGGAAGACAGAAGAGAAACAAACUGAACUAAUUGGUGGGGCUGAUUUGUAUAUGCCGGUAUGCCGCCAGCACUAUGUGAAUGGUCAAGUUGUUGUGGAAUCUACUAAGAGUGUGUUGGAAUCUCAGAAAGUUAUAAGUGAUUCCCUUCUUGAGGAAGCUGCAGUUGCUUAGUAAUUUUAGAGGAAUUGGUUUGGUUUUGGUUUUAACAUGCUUACUAGAUUCUGGUGUGUGGUUCAAAAGGUCGUGCUGGAUUAUGACUCACAUCACAUGAUCUAUUUGUUUUAUCAUUACUCUUCUAAUUAUGUAUGUGUGGUAUAUAGUGGAGUUCAUGUGAGCUCUUUUUAUUGUCAUGUUAUACUUUACUUAUAUAUCAAUAAAGAAUUCCUUGUUCA